UUCUGUCAGUCCUCAGACUGGUUCAGGUCUACAGAGAGUCAGGUGGUUUCAGGUCUACAGUCAGACUGGUUCAGGUCUACAGUCAGACUGGUUCAGGUCUACAGAGAGUCAGACUGGUUCAGGUCUACAGAGAGCUGCUGAUGAAGAUGAUGAAGAUGAUCGUGGUCCUGGUUCUCUCCUCUGUCCUCUGUGUGUCAGCUGACACUCUACAUGAGGACCUCUGUAUCUUUGGCUGUUCAGCCUCUGAUGGAGAGUUCAUGUACGGUCUGGAUGGUGAAGAGACUUGGUACGCAGACUUCGUCAGAGGGAAAGGAGUCGAGCCUCAGCCCAGUUUUGUGGAUCAUCUCAGCUAUGAGGAAGGAACUUAUGAAUCUGCUGUGGGUGCUCUAGCGGCCUGCAAACAGAACCUGAAAAUCCACAUUAAAGCCUUCAAGGACUUCCCAGUGGAGCGCGAUCCUCCGUCCAGUCCGAUGAUCUACACCAAAGACGACGUGGAGCUCGGAGAGAAGAACGUCCUCCUCUGUCAUGUGACGGUGGUUCUUUCUGCUCUCCUGUGAAUCGACUGACGAAACGGAGUUGAAGGGACCGAAGGAACACGCAUCAACGUUCCUCAUCCCAACAAGACAGGUUCCACAGACAGACUCCAAAGACUGGAGUUCACCCCACGCUGGGAGACGUUUAGCAGCUGCCCAGUGAACAUCUGUCCGUGCAGCAACACACUGACCAGAAUCUGGGAUGUGGAGGUGAAGCAGCCAGGUGUUGGACCUGCCGUGUUCUGUGGACUGGGUCUGACUGUCGGUCUGCUCGGCGUGGCUGCUGGAACCUUCUUCCUCAUCAAAGGGAACGAGUGCAGCUGAUUGGUCGGGAGCGAUGAUGUCACGUUGGGGGUUCUGAGGAUCAGGUGUUGGACUCUCGUCUGAAGAAAACCUGGACCAGGUUCUGAAUGGUGGUCUGUGUUUUCCUCAGGUGACGGUGUACGUGGGCUGCUCUGGGCCUCCACAGUAAACCUGCGUCAAUUGAUCAGGUGUUGACAUGUGGGAUGAGAAAUAUGAUUUGAUU